AUGACUAUGGUUCUGGAGCAUGGGCAUCGCCAGUAUGGCGGUAUGGGGUAUGACAGCGGCGUGUACCAAAACCACGUCCAGUCCAAUCCUCCGCAGUUCAACGAUGCUUGGUCGGCGCAACCGUCUUCUCAUCCUCCUGCCCCUGCAUACCCUUCCUCCAUCCCUCCUGCGAACCCGAUCAAGCGCGAGGAGGUCCAGAGGCCGCUCCCGCCGGCCCUCUCCAUGCCGUACUCCAGCGUGCCCGUCUCAGCUCCCUCGAUGGUCCCAAACGGGAGCUAUCCUGCAGUUACAUAUGGCGGUUCAGAGAUGCUUGUGAUGCCUCAGGAGAUGCCGAGAACAUCGUUGGAGCAGCAGCCGUCCUCGACCACGACCUCGCCCAUACAUCAGUUCCCGACUGCUUCAUACGGGUCGAUAGAGUACGCACACUCUCUGCAGCAGCAGCAGCAACAGCAACAACAACAGCAGCAACAGCAACAGCAGCAGCAAGCUCACCAUCAAGAUCACCAUCAGCCACCACACCAUCCACAUCACCCCGAAAGCAGACCACUGCACCCAGGAUCUCAACCACACACACAAGGCCCGCCAUCAAGCACUUUUGGUGAUGCACUGGAUGCGAGCCGCGGAAUGGUUGCUUUAAGCCAGGACCUCACUCCCAGAGGAAUCUACCCACCACGGGCAUCCAGGGGGUCGGCAGACUCGUACGGGUUCCCGUCAGCCCACUCUUCGGCAUCUUCAAUCUCCUCGGGGAACAACUACCCAUACUACAGUGCAUCGGUAGUGUCAGUCGAUUCGUCCGUGACAGACUACAGCUCGACAACAUCAGAAUCAUACGAUGGACUUGCUUCCCGGACUCUACCAAGACCGUCCGGUCUCAUGGGCGCCAUGCCCCCAGGACCACAGUCGAUGAUGGGCCAGUUCAGCUCCAAGGUGCCAGCAAACACCCAGAAGAAGCACAAGUGCAAGAUCUGCGAUAAGCGAUUCACUCGGCCAUCUUCACUCCAGACGCAUAUGUACAGCCAUACCGGUGAAAAGCCAUAUGCCUGUGAUGUUGAGGGCUGCGGUCGUCAUUUCUCCGUCGUUUCUAACCUGCGACGUCACAAGAAGGUGCAUAAGGGCGAGAAGGACUCUGGCUCCCCUGAAGAGGAGGAGUAG